CCAAUAAGAUUCAGAAAUAUAUUCAGAAUGACGAGAACGAUUUUUAUGGAUCUUCUAAACGAGUUAUGUCUAAAUCACGGCCUUCAUGGUUCUUCUAGAACCCUGUCUCGGGAGGUGUUGGCAAUAACACUGUACAUUCUGGCACAGAAUGAGUCAAUUCGAGGAGCUAUGGAAAGAUUUCAACAUUCAUCUGAAACAAUUAGUCGCUAUUUCUCAAAAGGAAUACAGGCACUUAUUAGCUUAGCUGCUCAAAUAAUUAAACCAGAGGAUCCAUCAUUUGCUACUACUCCAGAACAAAUUGCCAACGAUCCUCGAUAUAUGCCAUAUUUCAAGAACUGUAUUGGUGCAAUUGACGGUACACACGUUGAUGCCCGAAUACCUAACAACGAGAAGGUAGCAUACAUCGGUCGUAGUGGUUCAACAACGCAAAAUGUCAUGGCCGUAUGCGACUUCAACAUGUGUUUUACUUUUGUGGUUGCGGGCUGGGAAGGAAGUGCACACGACAGUCGUAUUUUCUCCUUUGCCACGAGGAAUAGAUCGCAGUGUUUCCCUCACCCCCCAUCAGGUUAGUUUUGUUUAGUAAUUUGAAUAUGUGGGAUUGUGCAAUUUUUUAUUAACAUUGUUUCUCGUACCAGAAAAAUAUUAUCUGGUUGAUGCAGGAUAUCCUAUGCAAAGGGGAUACCUGAAGCCCUAC